AUGUCUGAAGUAAAUAGCACAACAAUAUUUACAACAACUGCAAUAAAAAAUGAAACUGACGUAUCUGAUGAUUUGAAUGGUAGUAGAAUAGGUGCUAUUGUAACUAUUCUUUUGAUUGUAUUUGUUGGUCUCAUCAUUGUUGGCUAUAUUGGCUAUCGCAAAUUAAAAAAAAGACGUCGCAGUCGCGGCGAAUAUCGACCACAGUUCGAAGAAUAUCAACAUGCCAAAAACUUGCCUUAUUUGCAGCCUCCCAGUAUCGAAGGACUUAUUUAA